AGUCGGCCCCGUCACCAUGGAGGCGGCGGUGGGUGGGCCUGGGUCCUGGAGUGAAAAUAUAUUGGAAUAUUUUCUGAAAAAUAACCAGAUUAAAACCAAAGAUGGAGCUGAGAUCAUCUGGUAUCACGCAGCAAACCACAAGUCACAAAUGAGAGAGGCGUUAAAAAGUCCGGCUCACAUGAUAGAGGCAGAUGUUCUUCUUCCGAAUGAAGAGCCUGAGCACGCACAGCCAAUCAUGGCUCAUCCUCCUGAAACGAAUAGCGAUAAUACUCUUCAGGACUGGCUCAGUGAGAUUUUGGAAACCAAUAAAGGCAUCAAGCUUGACUUUAAAAGUUUGGCAGCAGUGAAGCCAUCAAUGAGACUUCUAGAAAAUGUUAAGGCAUAUCUAAAGCGUCCUGUGUGGAUUAAUGCUGACAUCCUUCCUGGCCCAAAUGGAAAUAACAGACCAGUGGAUGCAAGGCAAUUUCUUGACACUGUGACAUCCUUUUUCCCAGAUGUGACAUUAUCUCUGGGCUGGACAACAGGAUGGCAUUCUCAGAAAUUCAAUGAAGGCUACAGUUGGACAAUGGUGAAAGAGAUGGAAUCUGUUUGUAGUGAAUUAAAUCAGCCUGUCACGUUCCCUGUCAGAGCAGCUCUGGUCCGACAAUCCCAUUCUGAGUUGCUUUGGUUAUUACAGCAGUCAAACAGAUACAGCCUGACUGUUUGGACAGGAAAAGAUGACAAAUAUUCCACUGAAGAUCUACUCUACAUCAGAAAGCAUUUUCAGAAGAACCAAGUGUAUUAUGAUAUUUUGGAACCUCAAAACCACGAAUUCAAACAGGCCAUAGGGCUCGAAGUCAAACUAUAAAUGGGAGAGAUCUACAAACUAGGUCAUAGUUAGGGUUUCAUGUCUUGGCCUUUUCUGCGAACAGCGACUCGCUGUGUCUGUUGUCAUUUUAGUGUGGUUUCCUUUUGGACUUCAGUUAUUCAGUCCAUUAGGUGAGAGGACUAGCUUUUAAAAAAGCACCUGAUCCCAUGGUGAGUCAGGUUAAGACAACUCUUCUCCUAAAUAAACUGUUUAUCCUUGGGAGUUAGUACUCUUUAGUGUUUCUAAUCAAUAAGAGGCCAGCAGUAUAAUCUAUUCUGAGACAAUCUUGUGUACUAGAAGACUUGACCUACAAGUUGAAAAAACUGUGGGCUAAUACCGAAGUCACAACCUUCCUGUCUUUGCUUGGAUUUAAGUAGAUGCCUGCCUGGUUUUGAGGUCUCUCGGCCUCAUCCCAGGAGACUUGUCGAUGGUGAUUAUACUUCGUUUUGCAGAAUGUUGACUCAGGUGAGGUAAAUCAUUUUUUUGAAACAUUAUUUUUUAUGAGAAGGGAAUUUUCUCAUAAAAGGUUAAUUUGCUUCAAAUUGGUCAGCCUCUUUCUCCAGAAGAACAGCUCUCCCAGGAGCACCAUAUACUCAAACUCAGUAUCACUAUAUUUUCCCCAAACAAUUAAAAACAGAAAGGACUUUGCACAAAUUAUAUCAUUUUAUGGACUAUAAAAGCCAACACUAGUCACAGUGCCAUUAGAUAAAACUUAAAAAUCUUAAAGCCAAAUAUUUCUUUCAAAUACUGAUGCAAAACCUUCAUUGUACAGAGCUAAUAAUAGUAACAAUUGUGGUAUUUGUUAAGCACUUAGUAUGUGCCAGGCACUGUACAAGCCAACACUAGUCACUGUGCCAUUAGAUGAAAAUUAAACAUCUUAAAGUCAAAUAUUUUAUUUCAAAUACUGAUGCAAAAGCUUCACUGUACAGAGCUAAUAAUAGUAAUAAUUGUGGUAUUUGUUAAGCACUUAGUAUGUGCCAGGCACUGUACUAGAC